AUGUCCAACCAGCCCGUUGCACUCAUAACCGGCGCCAACGGCUCCCUCGGCGCCGCCAUCGCCUCCAUCCUCGCAACCAUCCACGGCUACCACGUCUUCCUAGCCGCCCGCACCCUCUCCACGGCCACCGAAUUAGCCCAGUCUCUCACCGCGCGCGGCCUCUCAGCCUCCUCGGUGCAACUGGACCUCACGUCCGAUGCCUCAAUCCACACCGCCGUGGCAACCAUCAAAGCCACCCACCCCAAGCUCGACGUGCUCAUCAACAACGCCGCCGUCCUCCUCGAGUUACAAGGGACUGACCUGUCCACUCGGGACCUGCUAAACGCCACAUUUCAGCCGAAUGUCUUCGGCACCGCCGUCCUCACGGAAGCCUGUCUCCCUCUUCUCCGCCUCGCCAAAAAUCCCCGGAUCGUCUUUGUCUCCUCGCGCAACGGGUCGAUCACGCAGACUUUGGAUCGGAACUGGGCGUAUCACAGUUUUGAAGUCCCAGCCUACAAGGCGAGCAAGGCGGCGUUGAACAUGAUUGCCAUGAGGUAUAUGACCAAGUUGGAGGAUGUGGGGGGCAUGGUGAAUAUGGUUUGCCCGGGGCUAGUCAAGUCAAAGAUGGUGGAGUUUCAUCCCGACGGGAGGGAGCCGGAGGAGGCGGCGGAUAAGGUGGUGGAGUUGGCUAUCUUGCGGGAGGGGGGCGUGACGGGGACUUUCACGGAUGCGGAUGGGGUGGUGCCUUGGUGA